AUGACCUCCUCCUUAUUCCUGGCAUUUCUAUUCCUGACUCCUACCAUAGUGAUCACCCUCAGAGCUGGUGGUCCGUGUCCAGCAUGUUGGGGGCUUGCCUGGGACCUGGAGAGCCAGCGGGACCUGCUUCUCGACUUGGCUAAGAGAAGUAUCCUGGACAAGCUGCACCUCAGCCAGCGCCCAACGCUAAGCCGGCCUGUGUCCAGAGCUGCUCUGAGGACCGCCCUGCAGCGCCUCCACAGGUUCCCCCAGGGGACCCUCCUGGAGGAUGACCUGAGACAGGAAUAUGAGAUCAUCAGCUUUGCUGAGACAGGCCUCUCCAGCAUCAACCAGACUCGCCUUGAUUUCCACUUCUCUGAGAGAACAGCUGGUGGCAUGGAGGUCCGGCAAGCCCACCUCAUGUUCUUUGUGCAACUUCCUCCCAAUGCCACCAGGACUAUGAAUGUGAGAGUCCUUGUGUUAAGACCAUAUGACACUAAUCUCACCUUGGCUACUCAGCACCUGCUGGAGGUGGAUGCCAGUGGCUGGCACCAGCUGUUCCUGGGGCCUGACGCUCAGGCUGCCUGCAGCCAGGGGCACCUUACCCUAGAGCUGGUACCUGAAAGCCACGUAGCCCAGAGCUCAGUUAUCCUGGCUGGGGCUGCUCAUAGGCCCUUUGUGGUCGCCCGGGUACGCGUUAGGGGCAAGCACCGGGUACGCCGAAGAGGCAUCGACUGCCAGGGCGGGUCCAGGAUGUGCUGCCGACAAGAGUUCUUUGUAGAUUUCCGUGAGAUUGGCUGGCACGACUGGAUCAUCCAGCCAGAAGGUUAUGCAAUGAACUUCUGCACAGGGCAGUGCCCACUACAUGUGGCAGGCAUGCCUGGUAUUGCUGCAUCCUUCCACACUGCAGUGCUCAAUCUCCUCAAAGCCAACACGGCGGCUGGCACCGCUGGAGGGGGCUCGUGCUGUGUGCCUACAGCGCGGCGCCCACUGUCUCUGCUGUACUACGACAGGGACAGCAACAUUGUCAAGACAGACAUACCUGACAUGGUGGUAGAGGCCUGUGGAUGCAGUUAG